CCUACUCACUCCGUGGCUCCUUGCUCGUCGAUACACACAAAGCUGCACUCUCAGAUCCAGCCCCAUACGAAGAGCCCGAUGCCGCCGCCGCCGCCGCAGGCGAACGGGGGGAAGGUGACCCCGAACCUGGCGAUGGACGAGGAGGCCACGCGCAUGCUCAAUCUCUCCGUCCUCCAGCGCCUCGACCCCGCCGUCGAGGACAUCCUCAUCACCGCCGCCCACGUCACGCUCUACGACUUCAACAUAGACCUGAACCAAUGGAGCCGCAAGGACGUGGAGGGGUCGCUCUUCGUGGUCAAGAGGAACACGCAGCCGAGGUUCCAGUUCAUCGUCAUGAAUAGGCGCAACACUGAUAAUCUGGUGGAGGAUCUAUUGAGUGAUUUUGAAUACGAACUUCAACCUCCAUAUUUGUUGUACCGGAAUGCUGCACAAGAAGUAAAUGGUAUUUGGUUUUAUAACCAACAUGACUGUGAAGCUGUUGCGAGCCUUUUUGGAAGAAUACUGAAUGCCUACGCCAAAGUGUCUCCAAAACCUAAAGUACCUUCCACAAAAAGUGAGUUUGAAGAAUUGGAGGCUGUUCCUACAUCUGCUGCUAUAGAUGGCCCCCUUGAACCUCCACUAUCAUCCACUGCUCUAGUUUCUGAUACACCAGAUGAAUCACUGUCUGAUUAUUUCAAUGGAGCUGCUAGCAUUGGGAGUGUAUCAAGUGCACCAAUGGCGGGAAGAGCGCAUCCAUCCACCGAGUCCAUUGCAUCUUCCCAUGUGCCUUUGAUCGUACCAACUGCCGCUCCGGCACAUCAAAUACCUCAUCCUUCAGGGGGUUCAUCAGCUCCUGCACUGCCCCUCCAUGACACUCAUGCCCACGUGAGCCAUUCAACAAAUCUUCUUACACCUGCAUUCUUUGCUCCUCCAUCACCCUCUUGUACAUCGGUGGCACCACUGGUUUCAUCCAUGAUGCCUACAGCUCCGCCUCUUCAUCCAACUUCUGCAUGUGCUCAACGUCCUCCAUAUGGCACCCCCUUACACCAACCUUUUCCACCACCUGGUCAUUCACUUACCCCUGCACACAACGAUGGGCCUAUUAUUUCUAGGGAUAAAGUUAAGGACGCCCUCCAGAGACUUGUUCAGAGCGACACGUUCAUCGAUUUAAUCUAUCAGGAGUUGCAAAAUACACACAUGUAGACUGCUUACUGCUUCACUAUAUGGUACUCUGUAUGAAGUUGCUGGCAGCGACAAGUUUUUGCUUGUGCUUUUUUUUUUUUUUGUGAUUUUUGUAUGCUUUAUUUCCCAAACUUCUGUAUAGCUUAAUGUGUUGAUGUAGAGUGCUUAUAGCAAUUGUUGGUAGUAUUUAUCCUGUUUUCCAAAUAACUGUAUUGCCAUACAGUAUUUAUGUAUCUGAAAAAGAAAGUUAGAUUCAGCGAUGCCCCUUUCCAGGGUAUUCCGAUUUUGUAAAAUAGGACGUGUGAGAACAUUGAUGCCCCUUUCCCGGGUAUCCUGAUUUUGUAAAACAGGACGCGUGUAAGAACAUUACAUACCACAUUUUUUCGUGUGGUUUACCGAGCAAUUACCACCACAGAAUCAGGGUUUUC